AUGGGAGAAAUGGCGAAAUCCUUAGGGAAAUGUGCAUGCGAGGAAGAGGAAGAAGUAGAGGAGAAAGUGCUGGUACCCGAUUGCAGAUGUCCAAGAAAUGUCCAUGAUGUUGUUCUACAUGACGAAACAUGCUUGCUUUACAAGAACGAGAAGAUGAUAUAUCCAAGGGAUGACGCCUGUGAAUGUACCAGCCUGGCGAGCGGUCCACGUGAAUGCGAGUGCUGCAAAUGCCCUUUGGACCAGUGCACUUGCAAUAGAGCUGGGAGAGAAGCUUUUGAUCAGUGGCGGACUAAAAGGGACAUUGGAGCAAUGCCAGCUGUGUUGGAGUCGACUCACCCCUUGAUGAAGCGGUUCCAGGAAACUCUGAAGAGAUUUCUAGAAAAAGAGAAUGCGAUUGCUGAAGACGAAAUCACUAAAUUGCGCGACGAACUACGACUCAGCAAACAGAAGUAUGAUCAGGAUCUUGGUUCUAUUUAUAGGAACGAUCAUGACACUAACGCACAAAGAUCGCUUAUUGAAGAAUAUGAAGCGACAUUGGCCAAAAAAACAAAGGAGCGCCUGGAUGCGGAACAGCGAGCACGGGAAUCUAAUGAUAAAUAUAAAAUAGCCAAAGAAAAAGUUGAAAAAAGUAUAAUAACUGAACGAGAAGCAACAGAAGAAUUAGAAGCGCUUACUACAUUAUGUCGGCAGCUUGAGGCUUGGCGUGAAGAAACCGAAUCAGAUCUGACUGUUAGCCAGCGCAUGUCGGACAAAAUGAGGGCUGAGAAAAAGUUAUUGGCAGACGAGAAAAGACAACUUGACGUGAUCAUCUACAGUCUCAGUAAUGAAGUUUGGAAGUUGGAAUCCAAACUUGAGAUGUUCCAGAAACAGAUGGAAGUUAAGAAUGUUGAAAUGGAAAAAGUUAAUGAUAAGGUAACUGCUUAUGCGGCAGAGCUAGAGGAUCUUGAACUCGAGAAACGUAGGCUUGUAAGUCUGUGGAACUCUGUUCUUGUUAAUAUACAGCAACGGGAUAGGGUUUACGAUUCUGUGCGUGAUGAUUACAGAGCCCUGCAAGAAAAUUACCGAACACUGUUGAACAAUUUGGAGAUUACAAAAAAAGUAGCUAUGGAGGAGAUGAAUAAAGGAAAAGAAUUGGCAAUGAACAAGGAUAAACUAACUUAUGACGUCAACAAUGCAACGAAGUUGUAUGAAGCUGAGGACGCAAAACGUCUUGCCCUAGAAACUCAAAUAUCCGAAUUAGCUGAAUCAAUAGAAAUGACCGAGCGCGAUGAGGAACUUAUAAAAUCAGAAAAUCAAACGAUGCAAAAUAUUCUGAAAAGCACUGCUAAAGAGAUAUGCCGUAGAAAUGAACAAAAAGUGAAACUAGAAAAUGAAAUUUUAACAAAUCUUCAAGAGUGUCUUCUAAAUGAUAAAGCCGUGGAAUCAAUGGCGAAUGGAAUAAAAAAAUUAAGAGAAAUGUCGAGGAAGCAGGAGAUAUCUUUAAUGUCCAUGGAGAAUCAGCAUGCGAAGAUAAUGCUGGAUAUAGAAAUGCAUCGUAACAGACAAGCACGGAAUAAUGCACUCUUGGAGGAAAAUCUCGGGAAAGUGAGAGAAAGAGAAAGGGAAAUUGAGCAGUUGGAAGAGAAAUACGAAAAGAAGAUGCUGGUUAUCACAAGAAAGCAGCGAGAACUUGAUAUUACUAUAAAGAAGUUUAAUGCCCUUAAAGAAAUUUUUGAUAUGAAGUCCCCACAAGAGCGUCGCAUCGAAGAAUUGGAGCAGCAGAUACGAGGAAUGAGGGAGCGUACAGAGCAGCUACAACACGAAUGGCUCCGACUACAGGGACACGUUGUGAAAUUGACGGCACAUCAUCAUAAGAUUGUGUCAGAUAUCAAUCUUAUUAAUAAACAAAUUCAAAUUUGCGAGCAAAAGACGAUGCGUAUUGAGGCGGAGGGCGAACGUGUGUUGUUGGAGCAGGCGAAGACGGAAAGAAAUCUUCGUGAACUGCGUGGUCGUCUGGAGUUGUUGGAACGAACACGCAAGGAGGCGACCGAGAAGAAUCAGAGUGCCCAACGAGCUAAUUUAGCCAUCACGCAUGAAUAUUCUGCAAAUCUUAAGGACGCUGAAAUGGAAAUAAUUCAAAUUGAAGAGGAAAUUGAAGCCUUUGAAAAAGAGAAGAUGAAUCUCGCCCAGGAGUUGGAUCGCAUUCAAAGGGAAGCACUAAUAUGGCAGAGGAAGGGUAUUUUAGCAGUUGAAUUGAAGAAAAAUAUUCAUAAUGCUAAAUCUGCGGCUGGAGAAAUCGGUCAGAUGAGGGCUGAAAUUCAUAGAAUGGAAGUGCGACGUGAACAAUUACGAAAAACAGGAGAAAAGUUAUCAGAGGACUUGGCUUUGUACGUGACGCGUCGUGAGACAGCAAUGGAAAAGAGCCGUGCAUCAGCAGCUGUAGAGAAGGCGCAUGGAAACGCUGGUCAUACUUCCCAGUCAAAUUAUCAUCACAAACUUAGGCUGGCUAAAGCAGACGUGUCUAGAGUUACAAAGGAUUUAGCAGAAGCUAAGGCACAUAUGGAGAAACUGCAAAUAGAGCAAGAUCGGCUUGAGCGUGAAGUAGCGGAAACUAGCGCCGCCAACGCUAGACUUGAAGAACACGUGGCCAAGUUGUUGAAGGAAUAUGGAGAGGCAGAAAGGCAGAAACAAUAUCUCCUAGAACGUGUUGUCCGCAGCCAACGUCUUGGAACUGAAUUGGCUACUGUCAUAAAAAGGCAAUCGCUUCGCGUGAAGAAACCGAAGUCAGCAGUGCUACUUGAAUAUAACCAGAGUCGGGAGUUAAAUAAACAUCUGAAGAAUAUUGUUAAUACACUUGCUCAGGACCAUCCAUAUCUAGCUGAUAGAUUGGAAGCAGUUUCCAACACAUUGAAUAUCCACUCGCCAGAAGACUCGCCAAGACUGAUAGACGAAGAUUGUCUCUGUUUAGAAGUUAAAGAAGAAGAUCCCAAUAUACCAGAAAAGCUCGAAAAAACUUCAGACGAAUAG